GACUUUUAGCUGUUUUGAAGAGUAGAAUUUUUAGUGUUGCUGAAGUUUUUAGGUUGUAAUGAUUGUUUCAGGAGGCUUUUGUGUUGUAAAUGUUACAGUCAAUACAAGUGGUCUUUACACUCCAGGUUUUUGGUCUUUUGUAAUGGUUGGCUUUGACAGAUAUUGAUGGAUUGCUAGGUUCUGUUUUAUUUCAAAUGUGUAACUAUAAUAACACUGCAUUCUGGCUUGUAGCAUUGUUCAUCCGAGAUACCCGGGCCCUGCAGACAGAUCCUUUUGGUUCUGAAGCUUAGUAACGAUUUCUGAUUUGUAGACCCCAAGUCACCAGCUCUUAAGGAUAGUAGGAUGUAGGAAUAUAUUAUAGAACAUUGAUUAAUCUUGAAUGUAUACAUUGAUGAUUGAUGAGGGUGAUACUGAAUGAUGAUUCCAGGUGUCCUUUAGUUAAUAAAUUCAUCUGGGAUAUACCUCUCAGUCGUAGCCACUCUUUGGGAACAGUUGCAAAUUCUGUUCAGUGCUUAUUCCUUAGAUAUAACAAAACAUAGUACUUGAUUUUCAAAAAUUAAAUACAGUACAGAAAAUUUUUGGAAUGUGUAAAACUAGACCAGAAAUAAUCCCAAACAGCCUUUUAUAAAUAUUGAACAAUACAUUUUUUUCUGAUCCCUAUUAUGAAAUUUUCACACCCUAGGGAGUUGGCACAAAUUAGCAAAUUUCAAUUAAAUUUUCCUAUACCCUUUUAGUAGAUUCAUUGUUGGAUUUAAUCAACUUUUGUUGUCUGCGAGGUGGUUUAUUUGUCCAGGUGAGCCCACCUGACAGGUUAAAUAUACCUUUGGGGAUUCCAGAAGCAUUCUUUAAUUACUUCUUGAGGUCACACACUGUCAUUUGGUGUAGCAGCAGUUGUGUAUACACUGUUCCUUAGAAGUUAAAAAUAUGUUUGUUGCACCGAGUGUGACUUUUUUGGCAAGGGUCACAGCUUUCGUCUGAGUUUAUGAGGUGAAGUGAGGGGGAACAUGUUUUCAGUUCGGUUUUGAGCGUUAAAGCAGCCAGGUUUGCACGUCAGCCGGAAAGGGCCCACGCUUGAGAAAAAGCUUGUGUGGAAUGUUGUAGAGGUUCUCGGUUUAUUGCUUUUGGUGGAGAGAUCAGACUGACUGAUUCUGAAGUAUGGAUGAAUUCGAAGACGAGAUUCUCCAGUUCCCACAAACCCCCAAAACCCCCUGGUCGCUCGGAAGACGGACGACAACUUCGUACCCGAGCAGGUCGGAAAUCACGCAUUCGGAACUCGAAAGUCGGAAUCCCUCGGCGUGGAACCCUGACCGCGGCACGGAGUUGUUAGUAGCAGCGGAGAAGGGAGAUGCGGACACCGUACGUCUACUUUUGGAGACCACCAGCCUAGACGCAGACUUCUGCUCUCAGGAUGACAAGCGGACAGCGUUACACCGGGCGGCAGGGUACGGGCACCUUGCCGUGGUGGAGACGCUACUUAAGGCUGAAGCCAACCCCCUGAUACAGAGUGCUGCAGGCCGGACAGCGUUGCAUGACUCCUGUAUCGGAGGGUUCGACAGGGUGGUCAAAGUACUGGUCAGGUACAUGAAGAGAGGCAGGGCUAUGGACACACAGGAUAAGGAUGGACAGAGUGCGUGCCAUUUGGCUGCUUUCCACGGGGAACUGGACUGCUUUAACAUACUAGCUGAUAAAGGUGCGGACUGUGGUCUCCAUGACAACCUGAUGAGGACCCCGGGUCACCUGGCCGCCAUGAGGAACCAUCCCAGCAUCCUUCAGUCUCUCUUCUACAAGGGCAUCAACCUCCAGGUCGUUGACUCCCAGGGGAGGGCACCCAUCCACUUUGCAGCACAGCAUGGGGGUGUUGAAGCUUUAGCGGCCCUUAUCCAGUGCGACUGCCCCACCACGGUAGGUGACAGUUUUGGUUGCAGGCCGCACCACUACGCAGCCGCUCACAACCACGUCAACUGUCUACGGCUACUCAUCAAAAAUGGCUGCCACCCUGAGGGGAGGGAUGGGAGCGGCAGGACACCUGCACACAUGGCUGCUCAGUAUGGAGGGAUGACUUGUCUCCACUGGUUAUUGGAGAAGGGAAUCAACCCAAACAUUCAGGAUGACCAAGGCUACACCCCUCUACACUACGCAGGAGAGGCGGGGAGUGCGGAAUGUUUCAACUGUUGUCUGCAGCACGACGCCGAGCUCAGCAUCCGCAACAACCGUGACGACACGGCCCUGGACACGGCAAAACUGGCAGGUCAUCCCGUAGUCAUCGAGAAAGCAUUGAAGAGUGAGCUGAAAUGCCGCCACUGUCUGCACAAGUAUAACUUCCUGGAGUGGGAGAAGGCAAACCAGCCGUCACAGGUGGAGCGAGGGAUUUCACACGCAGGGGAGUCAGCCUACGUGUCCCCUAUACCUCCUGCAACGAGAGCAGCCAGUCAGUUGGAGAAGAAUAGACAGAAACAGCAGAAGUUGGCUGCCAAGAAAGCAUCACAGGACAAGAAAGGAGCCAAGACAGACGUCAAGUUGCCCAGAAGAGACCUGGCCGCAAAAUACUAUGGAGAACAUGUGGGAGACAUCUACAAACUGGACUUCUGAAACUUCAAAUUAAGGUUGUGAUUUAAAACAAAGUCAAUCUAUUAGAGCAAUCCCUGCUGUCCAUCCUAACAACAUUGUAGUAGGAAAAUAGGAUACCUACUUCGACUUUCACUUUAUUUUAAUCCACAAUUAGCUUGACAUUAGGUAUUCUCCCUAUGGCCCUAUACAUGUACAUGAAGUACAUCUAUACCAUAUCACAUGACAGACAGAGAAACUACAGAACACUAAAUUUAAAGUACAUAAGAUGCAUAACUAUACUGCAAUAAAGGAAAAAUACAAGUUUAUUCAUUAACUGCCCUGUCAUGAGUUGUAUUCCAUUGAUGAGAUAUAUGGUAGAGAAUCCAAAACUUGUGCUAAAUUUUUAUUCUUAGUAUAGUCCAUGCUUUCUGUAUGCAUGCUGUCCUUGGUGCUGAAGUCCAUGUGCAUUGGAGAGCUUUGUAGUUGACAGUUUGUACAAAAUAACACAUAUCAUAUACUUUGUUAUGGUUGUUUUUGACUGGGUCUUCUUCCAAAUUGACAUUUCUUGAUGUGAAUCAGUGCUAUUUUUAAAAAGCACAUGUCUAUGAAUGUAUAUAAAGUUUGUGACACUGUAUAUUCUCCUAUCCUGACAUUUCAAAUCUAUCUUGGAACAAAAUGUGUACAAACGGUGUACUUUUAUUACUGGUGUUUGCUUGUCAUUAAUAAAUUUUAUAUUUGAGUACUAAAUAAAUUAUAUGUUUAUAGA